ACAAUCAACACUGUUCUCUUCCAAACCACAAUAACUGUGAUGGCUCUUUCCUAUUCUGCAGAUUGGUCUCUAGCUUACACUAAAUGUUGCAGAACAAACCAUGUUCAUGCAUUCAUCCCAACAAGCCACUUCCCUUCCUUGUACACUGUUUCAGGUUCCAUUCCACGGUUUUUCCAUGUAAAUUUCUCAGCCUCUCACACACCUAUCUUAGAAGAAGCAUCUUCCAACACCCCCAUGUUCCAUUUUGAUGUUAACUUUGAUGCUGAUUCUCAACAAUGUUCCAAACCAGGAACUGAGAAUUUGAACGAGUUUUUAUGUGGGUUAUUUGAGGAUCCAAAAACUGAGGAACUGGCAUUUGACUACUAUCAAAGAUUGAAAGAUAGACCAGAGUUUAGACCACAUAAAUCAACUUGGAAGCAUGUGAUCAGGUAUUUGUUGAGAUUGAAGAAAUGGGAUUUCAUUUUAUCAGUUUCUGAAGACUUUAAGAUUUAUCAUGUGUUGCCGGAUAGAGAUAUUUGUUCUAGAUUGAUUACUUUUUGCAUUCAGCAUAGGAAAUUCAAGAUUGCUGAGGCUCUUCUUGAUGCUUUUAACUCUGAUAGUGAUGUUUCUGUCUUAGCUUUUGGUUCUGCAAUGAGAACUUAUAAUAAGCUGCAUAUGUUUAGGAGCACUGUUUUAGUCUUUGAACGAAUGAAAUCCACUGGUUUAGUUCUGGAUUCCAGUGGUUAUUUGCACAUUAUGGAAGCUUACUCGAGGCUUGAUGAUUGUGAGAGUGUUGUUCAAUUGUUCCAUGAAUUUGAAAAUAGGAAGUUGAGAGACUCAAGAAGAUAUUUACCUCAAAUAUAUGGGAUUCUAUGUAAGUCAUUAGGGAAUUCUGGAAGAGCUUUUAAAGCACUUGAGUACUUCAGAGAGAUGACUAAGAAAGGAAUUUCAGAAUAUUCUAUUUACUCUACCUUGAUAUCCUCUUUUGCAAGUUUGCGCAAGGUUGAUGUGGCUGAGGAACUUCUAAGAGAAGCUAAAAGCAGAACAAAGAUAAAGGACCCUGAGGUCUAUUUGAAGCUUGUGCUUAUGUAUGUUGAAGAAGAUUUAUUGGAUAAGACUUUGGAAGUUGUGAAGGCAAUGAAAGAUGAAGGUGCCAAGGUUUCUGAUUGUAUAUUAUGUGCUGUUGUCAAUGGCUUCAGCAAAAGGAGAGGAUUUUCAGCUGCAGUUAUAGUUUUUGAGCAGCUAAUUUCUCAGGGCUAUGAACCAGGUCAAGUCACCUAUGCUUCAGUUAUAAAUGCCUAUUUCCGUCUUGGGCAAUAUAGCAAAGCAGAGAAGGUGUUUUCAGAGAUGGAACAAAAGGGGUUUGAUAAAUGUGUUGUGGCUUAUUCAAGCAUGGUUGUGAUGUAUGGAAGAACUGGGAGGUUAAGAAAUGCAAUGAGGUUGGUUGCUAAGAUGAAAGAAAGAGGGUGCAAACCAAAUGUGUGGGUUUACAAUUCCUUGAUAGACAUGCAUGGGAAGGCUAAGAAUUUGAGGCAGCUAGAGAAGCUAUGGAAAGAAAUGAAGAGAAGAAAGGUAGCACCAGAUAAGGUGACUUACACUAGCAUCAUUGGUGCUUAUAGUAAAGCAGGUGAGUUUGAAACAUGUGUAAAACUUUUUAAUGAGUAUAGGAUCAAUGGGGGAGUGAUUGAUAGGGCCAUGGCAGGUAUAAUGGUUGGUGUGUACUCAAAGAUUAGUCAAUUUGAUGAUUUGGUAAAACUUUUACUAGACAUGAAAAUGGAAGGAACAAGGUUAGAUCAAAGGCUAUAUCAAUCUGCUUGGAAUGCUUUUGCAGAAGCUGGGUUGAUCUUACAAGCAAAAUGGUUAGAAGAGAGCUUUCAUAUAACAUAAGAGUAUGCUCUCUAUUGCAAACAUUGGACAAAUCUAUCAGCUAUAAAUAAUGUAUAGUUUUGAGGCUGAAAAGCUCUGGUUUUGUACAAUUUAGCAAUCUGACUUCUUUAUUGUAUUCUUCACUAAAUUUCUCAAUUAGUGUAGCAUAGCCAUAGCCUCCUUUACAAAGUUCUUUCUUCUAAUGGACUACAUCUACAUGUCAGAAAUU